CCGCGAAGGCCCAUGGACAAUGCUCGUGAAACCAUUUUGACGGUAGUAUGCGAUUGUGUAGCGUGUUGUAGUGGGAGUGAUGCGGGUAUGCAAUGGACAAAGACUCGAGGCUAUCAAAGCGUCAGAAUGCGACAGACGAAGGAUGCGAUGAUGAGGGGAAGAUUUUCAGGGCAAAUGCAAAGAGGCGAGGCUUGGUGAAUGAUCUGCUCCGAGGGAGCUUCUGUAGCAAGUCAGCGGGAGGUAGCGGCAUCGGCAGCGUCAUGGCAGCGCGCCUACGUCACAGGACGCGCCCAGGUGAAAUCGUCCCGCCAGCUGUGCGCCGACUGUUCCGGAUUGGGCACACUUACAACGUGAGCCUGGCGUCGAUCGCUUUGUUUAGCUUUUGCGAUAUGGUAGUAGUGGUAAGAGACUUUGCGAAGAAUGUAGGAACGACUUCAGAGCGAGCAGCCGUGUUUCUAUUGAUUUCAACUGAUAAAGGCUGUGAACAUGGUUGCUCCGCCGUCGUGCUCGUUACUGUGGCAGCGAUGAUGCGGCCCACGCAGGGAUCAACGUCCUCCCCCCCAAGACGCCCACCACAACCCCUUCGAUCACCCUACCGGUUCGCCACAUUUCAGACCAGACUAACUUAUUUCCCCGGCCGAGCUACUGCAGUCAACGACGUAGAACGCACGCGCAUGACACACCCAUUACCCUCCCGGAACAUCGGCACCAUAGGGACGUCCUUCUUGAGGACUCGGAAAAAGCGUCUUCCCGAGGCAAGACGUGGUGGUGUCAUGAAGAAAAGCGUGCCAGAUCGACGUGAUCGUCAUGGUUUGCGCCCAAAUGAGGCCUGUUGCUGGGCUGGGUGAGGUGAGGUGUUCCGUUGCGGUUUGCAUAUUAAGCUCGAGGGGUUGCGUAUUAAGUUCGAGGGCCACUGGCCAGUCAAGCUGCUGGGAGAGGGUGUCACGGCAACCACCACGGAAACAGCGCUUGUGUCAAGAGUUCUGGGCUUGGGACACGAUCUCAAGCUGUACAAAGGACAGCCCUGAGUCAACUUGUAAGGAUGGCGUAAUCUUGAAUGAACUGUUUUGACUGUCAAGUUCGCAGAACUUUGUUCAUGUAGUAAAAGUACAAAUGAGCAUUCUCUUUCGAGGUCAGUCUCUUGUUUGUGAUAAUAACUCAUAACAAAGUAACUUCGUAUUCGACAAAAGGUUUUCUCAUGGCGAAGCUCGAAGAGUCGUAAAAUUAACCGUCUGAAGAAUAGAUUUGUUCAAUUCAUAGUAAACAAAUCUAGGCUU